AUGGCGCCUGAAAUCCUAGGCGUGUCGCCUCCGAUCGACCAGAAGCUUGUUAAAGAAGUUGUUAUCGAAACGGUGGCUUCGCUUGACACAAGCAAUACGACACCAAUACGGUCGAAUCUUGCGCCAUUAUUCCAGGAGAACAUCCUUGCAAAACUUCUAGGUGCUGCCGAAGCGUAUCUGGAGAAUAACUUUCCUGAAACAGUCCCCCAGUCUGGUCCGAAUCAGGGAAUAUACAAAUGCAGGGAUGCUGAGUUCUGGACGUGUGGGUUCUUCCCAGGCAGUCUUUACUGCCUUCUGGAAAGACUGAGAAAGCACCCCAAACUAUGCUUGCUUGGGAUCUCUUCGGACUCGCUAGUACCCCAAAAUUUCCAUGAGCGUCUGCUUUCCCAUCUUACGGAUCUUUGUCACAAAUGGUCGGCACCCUUACACCCUAUGUCGGCUCGGAAGGACACCCAUGAUCUUGGAUUCAUUAUUCAGCCUGCUCUUCGAAGAGACUGGGAGCUCUUUGGCCAGCAGGAGAGCUUGAAAUCUCUCCUUUCUGCAGCUGAAAGUCUUGCCAGCAGGUAUGAUCAGCGAGUUGGAGCCAUCCGCAGCUGGGACAGCUUCGCGAAUGCGCACCAUAACAUUACAAGCACGGAAGAUGACUUCAUUGUGAUCAUCGACAGCUUGUGUAACCUUGAUCUCCUCUUCUAUGCCGGCAACUACACGCGAUCAUCCCGUCUCGUUUCUAUCGCUUCCACACACGCUACCACCCUUCUUUCUACACAUCUUCGCAAAGAAAUCGUACCAAAUAAAGGAACAUACUAUUCAACCUAUCACGCAGCGAAUUUCUCCCCAGCCAAAAACGGCGCCGUCAAAAGAAAGCUCACUGCUCAGGGUUACUCGGACAGCUCAACAUGGGCACGGGGACAAGCGUGGGCAAUUCUAGGCUACGCCCAAACAUAUUCCUGGACGAAGAAGCGGAAAUUCCUAGACGCUGCGAUGGGCCUGGCAGAUUAUUUUACUUACCGCGUGGAAUCUUCAGCCAAGGUUGUUGAGGCAGGAGGGUAUGGGCAAUACGUGCCUCUGUGGGACUUUGACGCACCGAUCACGUACACUACUGUCAAUGGCGCACAAGUUCCAUUGAGAGAUGUGUCUGCUGGGAUGAUUGCUGCCAAUGGAAUGGUUGUUCUGUAUGGGCAGCUCAUGGGGAUUGGGGAAUAUGAGUCUGCCGGUCGUUAUUUGGACCAUGCAAUGGCCAUUGCAAAGGAUACUGUUGCAUUGGCCUAUAACCGUGAUGAAAUGCGAUUAAAAUUUGAUGAGGAGAGUGGGAAGAUCAGAGUUGGUCCUUCCGGGGGAGCUAAUGGUCGUCGAUUUGAUGCGAUUUUGGAAAGAUCGACUGCAAACUUCAACGAGAACCAUCCGGAUCGAGACUGGGAUCAUGGUUUGGUUUAUGCGGACUACUACUUUUUAGAACUCGGGAAUCGGUUGCUGGAUAUGGGUUUGGUUUGA